GAGGGAUGAUCGAAGAGGAGCCGUGUUACAGUCAGUCGGCGGUGAGACUCCGCGUCAAACGUCUCGUUGUUGCGAUCGUUUUCCUAUCCUUCGUGCAUCGAUCUCCGCGAUUUUCUGCUCGUUUGUCACGUGUGUGUUGUACAUAGGUCACUUGGAUCACGACGAGGGAACACAGGGCAGAGCUCCUCGAGUGGAAUGCAAUCGUGCAAACGACGGCUAGAAGUGUAAUUCUUUUUGAAGACAAGCUUGCGCUUGAUCGUAAUUAGGAUUGCUUGCAAAUAUUGCAUAUUGGGUAGAAGGACACGUGAUUGUACGAUUGUAGGAUAUAAUUUUUACGAUCGUUUUACGGAGCAGAGGUGGGCUUUCUUAUUACAUAUUGUUCAACGAUUCGGUCGGAGCAGAGACCGGUGCACGGCCGCGACAAAAAUAUCCACGAAAAAUCUCGGCAGACGGCCAAACGGCCUCGAAAGAUCACCACAGUUCGAGGGACGGAUUUGAUAAGACAAUUUAAAAGAACUUUCGAGUUCUCUGUACAUUUGGUCUUACCGAGGUUACGUACGAGGCUCCCUCCAGGGAAUAUUUCGCCGUUCGCGAUUAAACAAAUGUCACAGCAACAACCAAAGUAACAGUCUGAAAAUUUUGAAUAAUUUACUUUUAUUUUCGAUUUUGAUUAACUUCAUUCAAUUUUCGAUUUUUGGAAUUAUGUUGUUAGACCGUAAUCAUCAAUCACGAAGAUUGACGGACCAAAAUCUCUGUAAAAAAAGUCAUGCACGAGAAGUACUCGUUUUUACGAAGUGGCUGUUCACGUGGCCAUGCAUAUUCAGUCUGCCAAGGGAAAAACAAACGAAUGAAAAGUUUAUACUGGAGCCCGCAGGAAAAGCGACACCGCGAUUUUUACCGCGGUGUGCUUUCUCUUUCCCUUGUUCCCUCACUGCUCGUGCCGACAAUUAAACGAGCGUUUUUAUUUCGUCGCCGGAAAGGAGAUUAACAACCAGAGUAAACAGUUUACCGUGAAACGAAGUGCCGAAGCCAUAGGGAAUCAUGAUUUCACUGAAAAUUCCUACAGGACUUAAACUCUCGCAUUAACGUGUCACGCGGAAAACAAGCUCGCGCUUCGUAAAUUCUGACGGUACGAUUUUUCCACCGACGUUUAAAAUUAUUCUAUGAACGAGAAAACACUCGAAUCUUCGUUAGGCUAUGAAGCGUAUUCUCGCUAACGACAUAAAAAAAUCAUCAAGCCUUGAAAGAAAGAGGCACACGCGUGAAACUCGGUCGAAUCAAAGAAGGGAUUCAUUCGCGGAUUGUCGAAGAACAGGCUUAUCGGUCUUCAGUUUUACCUUUCAAUUUUUCGAUACGAUAUCUCUCCACGAGGAAUAUUCGAUCGCAGGUCACGCCAGCGACGAAGUGAUGCCUAUUUUGUUUCUUUCUCGACUUGCUUCUUGUAAAAGUACUAUUACUCGCAACGCGAUCUCUAUUCGCUUAACCGUUCUUGUUUCGUUUAUGCGCUCCUAUCGGAUUUAAUCCGUUAAACAUUUUACUACUCUGUUCGUCUGUUCUUUUUAUUUCCGUGUAUGUAUCGUUCGGGUCUUAAAAAAUACUCGCCACGUUCAAAUAACUAAAUCACGGUCAAAAUGUACGCAAACGUAACCGCGUCGAUUCGACACAGUAAUCGCACAGGGGAUUCGCGAGAGAUGUAACACCGGCAAAUCCUCGCGAUCAAGCGCAGCUCGUCGCCAAUUUGCACGCUGAAUCGGCCACUGAUAUUUCAGCCGUCACUACAUUUGGUCGCGCGCCGGAUGAAAUGCUGAGCCGAAGGGUAACAACGGUGUAAAUGCGUGUGUGAUUCGCGAGUGAGGUUGAGUGAGAGAGAACAACAACAAGCAACGAACAACAAACGAGAUCGUGGCCGUGUAGAAGUCGUUGUGAUUCGCGUGCGUGCUCGCAAUACCGUAGUGUAAGAUAAAGAAAACACGAUAAAGAAAAGAACCAAAGGUUUUUGGUGAAUGUGGAUCGUGUGUGCGUCGGCGGAAAGCGUCGAGCGAGAUCGUGAAGCAACAACGAAUCCGUAGAAGCUGGGAGAAACGUUAAAUGAAUGUUGUUGCAAAGGGUGGCUGUGAUUGUGAGAGUCGAUACGGUGCACGGCGGAAUCGGCCGAUUUCAAUUCAUAAAUGCGCCAGAGCAGGAGCCCACAAUGGUGGCUCGGCUCCCGCAACAAGUUCUACUGCUGCUCGUACUCGUGACUGGGACGGCCGCGGAAGCCAUACGCGAGACGAAAGAGUCACUGUGGAGUACAUACGACACGAGAAGAAGCGGGCGAACCUUUGCCUGGUCCACCAGUACCACGGAGCGUACCACGGGAGAAACCAAAUCUAUCGGAAAGUUUCGUCAGACAACUUCCUGGCACGCGGACAGCUCGAAUUCCCGGGAACGAGUCACGCUGGAAUUGCUAAAGCCGGCCAGCGAGAGCCCGGAUGACGAUGAAGAGGAGGAAAAGAAGAUCGAAAUUCACAGGAAUGUCGAGACGAUAUAUGAGACGGGGAAGAAUGACGCGAGAAAAGUGAAAAUCUCGGGUCAAAACUCGACCGUGUCCUCCAUGAGUACGGGUGACACGAUGCAGAAGAUAAAUCUAUCUACCUCACGGACGUUCAUCCAGUCGAUGCCGAAACGAUCGGGCUUUGACGUGAACAUCGUCACCCCGGCAACUUUUGACAACAUAGUGGCGACGCAAGGGGUCAAGUCACCCAAUUUUUGGAAAAAUCGGAGAAACGCCAGCACAACGCCGACCACGUUCGUUGCGAACAACGUUAUACGUCGUCAAAUGAGGCACGUACCGGACGCGUGCGAGAAAUUCAGCGUUGGCGACGAGGUUAAACAAGAAUUUUAUAGUCCCAACUACCCGGAAAAUUAUCCAAAUCUCACGGAAUGCGUCAAGGUUUUGGAAGCUAAGGAGGGCAUGCUGUUGAAGCUCGACUUUCGAGACGAGUUCAAGCUCGAGGAGAGCGCCGACUGCCGUUACGAUUUCCUUGAGGUACGUGACGGUCAGCACGGCUACUCCAAUCUCCUUGGUAACUUCUGUGGCACGAAUUUCCCCCCAGAGAUCACGUCGAAGACGAGAUAUCUCUGGUUGCGGUUCCACAGUGACGAUAGCAUCGAGGGCAAGGGCUUCAAGGCCGUCUGGAGUAUGAUACCAAGACCAACCUAUCCGGGAGUACCACCAGAACCAGAGCCAUGCGUAAGAUACGUGAAUGGCGUGCAGGCAAUUAUUAGCAGCAACGACGUGCAAGACAGGAAGACUCUUGCCGAGAAGGAAGGUAUCCCUUUGGACUGCAUGUGGAACAUCACCGUUGAGGAAGGAUGGAAGAUUCAGCUGACGUUCUCGGAUCCUUUCAAACUGCAACGACCAAACGAGUGCGACGCCAACUUCGUGGACAUAUUCAAAGAACGCACUGACAUGUCCUCGAGAGAGAAGAAUUUCUGCGGUAGCAUCGCCGACACCGUUCUCGUCGGGACCAAUACCGCCUUUGUCAGGUUUUACGCAGAACCCAAAGCGUUGAACAGCAGCUUUGAGGCCGUCAUGACAGCGCUCAGAGACAGAGAUCCGGGAGACAAACCUUGCCUCGAUAGUGAAUUUUACUGCGAGGACGCAACGUGUAUCGCCGCUGAAUUGCAAUGUAACGGGAGGAUCAAUUGUCGUUUCCGGUGGGACGAAGAAGACCAAUCAUGCAACAAAAAAAAAUCUCGGUUGAUUGACUCACAGCAUAUCGUUAUAAUUCUCAUCGUUUUCUCGCUGAUCAUGUUUGGCAUGAGUUUCGCCUUCGUUUUCAACUGCGUGAGGAAGCUGAUUCGAGAUCAUCGAAUCAUUCGGGAACACAUUAGACAAUCCAGAGAAAAUCGAUUAGAUGAACUCGGUCGUAAGACAACACCCUGCCCAAUCACAUCCUCCAGAACGGAUAUCAGGGACCGAGGGAGCGACUCGCCGAGCCUGGAAGUGAUUCCCAGUAAAGAACUUCUACCACCCACAACGCUAAUAGCACAGGACUAUACGAAGGAUCUCGUAUUGGAGAUGGCUUACAAUACAAGAGACAUGAACGACAUUCACCAAAGUAACAAUGUUAGUAAUGCCACCCAGGAACGUCUACAGGAGUCCAGCGAGGAGCCCGAAAUGCGCGACAAUUCUUGUCAAACACGAGAAAGCCUUUUUGAGCCUCGAAUCUCGGACAAUGCAAUGCCCGUGGGGUUCACGACGUUUGGUGUUCGUGCUCCGGGCUCUCAAAACGGGACCAAUCAUCUCCAUCAUCAUCGUCAUCAGUACCUUCAUCAUCAAAGUCCGCCGCAAUCGCGCCAAAGCUCUCAGCCUUCACAGCACAGCGUGCAGCAGUCUUCCGAGCAUGGCUCCCAGCAGCCAGGCUCUCAAUGUUCUGGUUGUAGUCCAGCAUCGAGAGGUCGAGACGGCAGUAUGGGCGUUUGCCCGAAGCACAACCCAAUUCCAGCCCCGCCCGGUUGGUCGACUCGCGAGUCAAGUUAUCCGUUACCUUCGCGUCAAGGUUCUCCCUACCAUGAACCUCCGGAUUAUCCGUCGUAUCAAAGGUUUCAAAGUCCAAAGUCAAACAGAGAAAACAGUGUCUAUCGUCAGUCGCCGAAAUUAUUGCGGCAAGGUACAUCUGGCUCCGGGGAGAGGUACGGCAGUUCCGUGUAUGGAUCUGGACACGGAUCCAGCAACGCAUCGAGCGCUCAACACUCUGGCACGCCCAAGUGCCCUCAGCAAACGACAUCUGACCCCAGGUACAGAGCAGAAGCGGUGAUAGAGAUAGAUCAGAGGCGACCUUUCAGUAUAGAGAGCACAAAGAGCGCGCCGGACGUGAUCGCAACGCACUGACGCCGGGGUUCAGGGGAUUGGGAGCCCUACAAGAGACGCCAUCCCCGUCAAACUGUCACUGAUCUUCAGUUGCCUAGUCGGAACGAUGGUAACAAAGUCACUGUAGCGACACAAAGCUCCUUGGACGACGAUGCCUCGACCAGUUCGACGAUAGAGGCGAAUUCGUCCUCCUGAUCCACGCACGUCGACGCGAUCGAUCGGCCUAGUCAAUCGGUCCGUACCGUCCUGGAAUUCUUACGAAAUUCUGAAACAUCAAGGUCUCAUGGAAUGGGAAAGCAGAUUGACGUCCCGUUACCGAAAUCGGUGGAAAUCGCCAA